AUUCCUAUCUUUAAAGAGUUUUUAUUCUAUGAUGACUGGUAUGUAGUAACUAGUAAACACCAGUAACCAAUGGAAUAUGACAAAAGCAACAAUUUUUCUUUCUUUCUUUUUUUUUUUUUUUUUUUGAAAAGAAGGGAAGAAAAACAUUUAAUAUAGGGGGUAUAGAUUGUUUCCAUGAGUCUCAUCAUCAGCCACCUUUUACUUUGUCUGUUUCACAACCAAGCAGAACAGGUGGCUAACCUCUUCUUUCACUUGCCAAUCUCCGCGCUUCUCUCUCUUUCUCUCACUGUCUUUCUCUUUCACUUCCAUUUGGGUACUUUUAUUUGGCCUUUGUUUGGUCAUACUUUCAUCUCCAAAAUUUGGCAGUAAGUUCCUGUUCCUAAUGGGGUUUUUAAUUGAAUCUUUAAAUAUUUUUCUUUUUUUUCCUGGUACUGGUUUCUCAUUUUCAGAUAUGGCUGGUGGAUGAACUUGAGAAAUAAAAAGUUCUGCUCCAUAUUUCAUAAACUGCAAUUUGGAAAUUCAGUGAUUCAUGGAUUGGACUGAAAUCUAAAUUCCAUAUUGUUUUGAGUUCCAUUCAAGCAAGAUAGACUACUGGACGUCCACAUUCUUCUUAUUAUUACAAAAUAGUUUUGAGUCAGUCCGUUUUGCUGAUGUAUUAACCUAUUUCAGCAUUUACUCAGUCAUGCUGUUGCUUCUUUUCCUUUUCUCUUCCAUUGUUUACGUUUCUAAUGAGCAUAAUUGAUUGAUUGGAUGAAGUAUGCUAUAAAUAUUUGUGUGUCCAGUUGAUGAGAUAUAACUAUAUGAAAGAACAGUCCGCACUAUAAUCAUGAGUACUACUUCAGCUGUUCCUCUGAAAGAUCAGAAGGCCAGAGCAAGUUUCCUUCUAGAGAUUGCUAACACAGAGAAGCAUUUGUGGGUGUUAAUCCACACCAAAGGUUUAUUGCACUCUGAUGUUCGGGAUUUAUACCACAAAGUCUGUUUAAAUUACGAGAGUUUCUUCUUGGAUGAUCAUGAAUUGACAGAACUCCAAGAUGUUGAAUAUUCGCUGUGGAAGCUACACUAUAAGCACAUUGAUGAGUUCCGUAAAAGAACAAAAAGAAGCUCAGCUAAUUCAGAAAGUACAAUGUGUGCAAUGGGCUCAAGUGGUUCUGAUAACAGAUAUAUAGAUGGGUUUAAGUCAUUUCUUCUAAAAGCUACCGAAUUUUACAAAAAAUUGAUUGAGAAACUCAGAAGUCAUUACGGACUUCCUGAAGAAUCUUCAUCCUCUAGAAGGGGUGGCAUCAAUGCUUCUAUUGAACCUGUGAAAUUGCGGAAAUGUCACUUCUUAUGUCACCGGUUUUUAGUAUGUCUCGGGGAUCUUGCUAGAUAUAUGGAACAAGUUGAACAAUCUAGUGUCCUCAAGCAUAAUUGGUCAGUUGCAGCCGCCUACUACUUGGAAGCUGCAAUGGUAUGGCCGGAUAGCGGAAACCCCCAGAAUCAGUUGGCAGUACUGGCUACGUAUGUGGGUGAUGAGUUUCUUGCUCUAUACCACUGUAUAAGAAGUUUAGCUGUAAAAGAACCAUUCCCGGAUGCCUGGAACAAUCUUGUUUUACUAUUUGAAAGAAACAGGUCAUGUGAUUUGCCAUCUCUUUCGAGUGAGGAACAAUUUGAUUUCUUACAACCAUUUGAAAGAAGUGAUUCCCAGGUAAAAUUACAAUCAAGUGAAAAAGUUUCAGAUGGCGUUCUGUUGAAGGGUGAAAAUGAUCACUCUGCAGGAAUGAAUUUUUGGUUGCUUCUUAUCCGAACACUAAGUUUCUUCUUCUUAAAAUCCAGUUUGGAGGACUUCCCUUGUGCUUUUGCAUCUACCAUGAGAGUGUUGGAUGUGAUGAUGGCUUUAGAUGAUAUAAAGCUAAGAGCAAUGCUGGAGUCCUAUCAGCUUAUGGAUUCAGCUAGAACAGGCCCUUUCCGAGUUCUUCAAGCUGUUUCUGUUUUCAUCUUCGUCUUCCAUAAUCUAAAUAAUAACCUCGAAUUGCCAGGGUCUAAAGAUGGAAAGAACAAGCAACAUCUCGAGUUGAUACAAUUCGCAUUGAAUGCUACAUUUAUUUUCAUGGGACGUGUUGUAAAUAGAUGUUUGAGGGCAAAUUCUUUGAACUCGUGUCCCCUUCUACCUGCCAUACUUGUUUUCGUGGAGUGGCUGGCAAGUAUGUUUGAUGAAGUUGAAGCAUAUGGAGUGGAUGAGAAAACUAAAAGCUCUAUAUCUUAUUUUUUGGCUGCUUUUAUGGACCUCUUGAAGCAGCUCGAUGUUAAUGUUGAAAUUGUGUCUGAUGUAAGAAUUGCACUGUGGGAAGACUAUGAGUUGAGGGGCUUUGCACCGUUAGCUCAAAUACAUGUUUCAUUAGAUUUCUCAACUAGUUGGAAUCAGAUGGACAGUUACCAAAGUGGGAUUGAAUGCCGUAUUAAGCGUAUGCUCAAUGCUGCAAUGAAGAUUGCAAGCAGAUCAAAUGGUUCCUAUAAAUGGAUUACCUUCGAUAGUUUGGGGAAGAAAUUCUAUCCGAAAGAUGCAAAUGAAAUGCCUGAGAGACUAGAAUCAGAAGAUCGGGAGUCCAAUUCAGAUGUAAAUGUCAAAGGGCUGAAUCAGCAUACAUAUGAAGCUGGAAAAGAAUGCAAGACAGAGAUUGCAAGUGAAAACCAAAGCAGCCAUCUUGCAGAUGGGAAAUCUGUUGCCAUGGAAGAGGAAGAAGUUAUUCUCUUGAAGCCUCUUACAAGGCAUAAUUCAGCACCACCCUAUGGGAAAAUUCAUAGCGAAAAAGACCCUGCAUCUCCAAACGAAAUGGAGGAAACGGUUCCUUCUGAUGAAUGUUUGCGCCGUGCUACAUCCCUACUAAUAGCGCAAAACCAGGCCAAUUCUGAUGCUUCAGAUUUUCAAUCUGACAUCUCGAAUUUCAGGCGCAGCAAACCUGUCAAGCAACAUGAGCCUUUUGUAAAAGAUACCGCGGCAUUCUUGUUUUCGGAAGCCCCCAUCUCUGCCGGGCCACCUUCACUUAGUUCUUGGGUUCUAAACCAAGGAAGUUUAAGCAGUACUGAAAAGACAAGAGGUGAUGUUAGUAGACCAAGCUUGAGCCCUAUUGCAGAAAUAGCCAUUUCAUCCCUAAGCGAUCUUUCUAUCCAUCAAACCGAGGAUUCUGUCAAUUCAUCAAGAUCUGAAGCUUUAACCAAUUACUUUUACUCACCUCCACCAUAUUCGGCUCCAAUUCCUUCUGCCCCUUUAUUGCCUGAUGAUGCUGCUUGGUUUAAUGGUAAUCAGUCUAGUUUUUCCAGGGCGAAUGGCUCAGAGUUCAUUAACAAACCCGAGAAUUUCUACAAUGCAUCAAGGAUAAGUGGUUACCCCAAUUGGUCCCCUGAUGGCGAACGUAUUAAUGGUUCUGGUAUUCCAGGUUUCAUUGAUAAAUACCCUCCAUUUAGCGGGAUGACUUCUUCAGAAUGGCUUCGGAGAUACAGAGAAAGUCGCAAUCCUGAUCAUGCCAACAGCCAUGUGCAGCCUCUCAACUAUUACGCUCCCGGGAACCCCAUUCCCACACAUGAUAUUUCCCGUGUUGGUCUUUUCAAUCAAUACGGAGUUCCAUCUGUUCCAAAUCCAACAAUUUACACAGAGAGUUCAGUAUUGCAUCAAGGAUUUCCCCGUGUUUACGGCAUGGAGGAACCAAGAAGGGAAAAGCCGUUUCAUGGUUAUCAAAGACCGAGCCAUUAUGGCUGUGGAGCCAUGACUGAGCUUAGAGACGAGCCACGGCCACUCUUGCAGUAUCUAAAAGAGAAAGAAUGGCUACUCCAGCAGGAUCCAACCCUGAGAAAUCCUACUUUCAUGGGAAAUUAAAAACUUUGAAGCUCUCUUUGGACAUUCGCGUAGCAUACAUCCUGUGUGUGUAUAUAUAUAUAUAGACAUAAAGAAGUUGAAAAUAUGUAUGUAGGUCUGUUUUAGUCAUAAGUCUGAAAAUGAGGUAUUCAAGUGUGAAGAAAGGGUGUCACAGAUUUAGGAUGAUUUUAUAGUGAUAUAUAAUGUUGUCUUACUGACCAGAAA